UGCAACUUGGAAAAAAAAAAACAAAGCUCCUACUGCGAGCAUGGAUUCGCUUGUGAAGCGCAGCAAUGGCUAUGGUGCUUACGGCAGCAGCAAGCCCCAGAUGAGCUACCAUCGCCAGAGCACCGAGUCCGUGACCACCGUCGUCACGGAAAUUAACCGCAUGACCAUCAACGACAAGCCCUACUACGGCGGCGGCGGCGUGCAGAAGCAGGCCUGCAAGGUGGAGGCGUUCGAUGAGCACGACAAAGCAUACAACGGCACCCUGGCCGUGAAGAAGCACGACGAGUACGAGGAGGAGGAGGAGUACGGCCAAGUAGUCGACGCGGACUACGGUGCCCACUACGGCAACGCCGGCGCCGCUGUGAAGAAGCAAGGCUACAGCUACCAGCAGGAGGCGUACGGGGAGACUGGAGCUGCCGGGUACGGUGGCGCGGCAAUGAAGAAGCAAGGCUACAACUACACGAAGGAGGCGUGCGGAGAGAGCGACGCCGGCUACGGCGCUCACCACGGUGGCGCCGGUGCCGCCGUGCAGACGUACGCCUACAACCAGCAGGCGCUGUACGGUGGCUCCAUCGGUGCCGCCGUGCAGCAGCCGGCCUACAAGCAGAAGGGCGCCGCUAGUAAGACUAACGGCUCCCGGCAGAAGGUAUACGGGUACGGGGAAGCCGUCAACACAGCAGGGGCGGGGUACGGUGCUCACCACGGCGUCGUUGGCGCCGGGGCCGGGCAGCAGCACGGCUACCACCAGAAAGAUGCGUACGGGACCGGGUACGGCGCUGUCGCGGUCGUUGGCAAAGAGAAGAACGGAUACCAGUACCAGGAGGCGUACGGUGGAACUGACGCGGGAGGGUAUGGCGGCGCUCACUACGGCGGUGGUGGCGCCGUGCAGCAGCAUGGGUAUGGCGGCGUAACCGCCGGUGGCAAAGUGAAGCAGAGCGGCUACCAGUACCAGGAGGCGGCGUACGGCGGAACCGACGCGGGAGGAUACGGCGCUCACUACGGUGGUGGCGCCGCCGCCGCCAUUCAGAAGCACGGCUACAGGAAGGACGUGUACGAGAGCGAGACUGAGAGCGAGGACGACGAGAGCGACUGCGAGGAGGCGUUCCCGCCGCGCGGCGGCCGAAUGCAGGGCGGCGUCCAGGUGCAGCACGGCUACGGAGCUGACAACCUCGGCGGUGUGCGCCGCUACGAGUCGUACGAGAGCCGCGAGGAGCACGGCGACGGCCGCCGCUAUGAGUCGUACAAGAGCACCGUCCAGUACAACGGUGGCGGGCACGCCACGUGCUCCCCGAUCAAGAACCGCCACCUCCUUGGCUACGGCGCGUAGGCAUAAUACGCGCUGGCUGAUCCAGUGCACCUACGUACUGUAUAUUCGUAUGCUCUGUCGUAUAUAGACAGACAGGCCUAUAUGCCGCUACCGCUACGGCUACUUGGUCGAUGGAUCUGCUUGUGGUUGCUGAUGCAGCUAAACCAUCGAAAUAUCUAAAAAAAUAAGAUGUAACAUAAUGCCACCUUGGGAUAAUAAUGUAUGAUGCUGGGACACUCUGGUACGCCCAAAUCAAUAUAAACCUCAUAGAUAUACCAGUCUG